AUGUGGCUGUACCUGGCGGCCCUCGUGGGCCUGUACUACCUCCUGCGCUGGUACCGGGAGAGGCAGGUGGUGAGCGACCUCCGAGACAAGUACGGCUUCAUCACGGGCUGUGACUCGGGCUUCGGGAACCUGCUGGCCAGGCAGCUGGACCUGCAAGGCUUGAGGGUGCUGGCUGCAUGUCUGACGGAGAAGGGGGCAGAGCAGCUGAGAGACCAGACAUCAGACAGGCUGGAGACGGUGAUCCUGGAUGUCACCAAGACAGAGAGCAUCUCUGCGGCCACCGAGUGGGUGUAGGAGUGUGUGGGUGACGGAGGAGGAGCUCUCCUACUCUGGGGUGACGGUGGCUGUGAUUGA